GCUGACAUUCAGUUCGACGCUGUAUGUGGCAGGGAACGAAUCGUGUGCUCAAGACAUCGGCAGUGGCACAUACCGCACAGCAACGCCUUUUUGUCUGACAUCGGCCAGUUUUUCUAGCAGGACGUGCUCGUUUCGAAUUAGUGUUUUAUGUAGACUUUGUUACAACGUAAAGUGCAAAAAUGUUGGCUGUUUGUUCUACUAAGUGAUUGUUGCGUAUGGCAGACUUCAACGAAGAAAACGAUGAAUAUUUGAUAGUGGAUUUGCAGUGAUUCGUGGAAUUAUUCGCUUUUCAAUGGAGCACCCACACACGUUUAGAAACAAAAAGUACACAGUCACAGUCAUUGGUUAAGUUCGUUAUUUUUGCAUCAGACGUGGUGACUGACGAAAGCAAGAUAGAAGUGUAUGAGUGCGCUACGGCUACGGCUGGCAAGUCAGAGAAUCGAGCAAAGUGUUCCGUCUUUCAUCGAAAUCGAGCUAACCGUCUAGAUACACGAUUCCGUUGGUGUGGUAGUAGUGUAACAGCUCAAAACGUUCAUUAGGGUUUCCGACAAAAAGUGUCACUCGUUUUGACACUUCCUCGUUGUGUUUCUGACAGGAAAGCCUAUUGUUUUUACAACCAUUCACGCCGAAUGACGCCUGUAUCCGUGCCGAUGGAUUGGCGAUGACAUGGCUAUGCGUUGAAUAAAUAUUUGUCAACGGAUCGAAUAUUAGAGCAGAGUCGAUUUCAUGCCAGGCGCUCUACGAAAACUCGAUUGUAUUGAUUAAAGUGUGCGGCAAAAGUGCGGCCGAGCUGGAGACUACAAGCGUGUUUGCAUUCCUCUCCUGAAUCGUUAGAUACUUAGUGGAUAAAUAUAGCUUUCUUAUCUAUCUAGAUCAGGCCCCUGUUAAAGGGGUUCAAACUGCAACUAAGCCAACAUGGGAAAACUGCUGUCUAAAAUAUUCGGCAACAAGGAAAUGAGAAUACUGAUGCUCGGAUUGGAUGCCGCGGGAAAAACCACUAUUUUAUAUAAGCUAAAAUUAGGUCAAUCGGUAACGACAAUUCCAACAGUCGGCUUCAACGUAGAAACCGUGACGUAUAAGAAUGUCAAAUUCAAUGUGUGGGACGUUGGUGGACAGGACAAAAUUAGACCAUUGUGGAGGCACUACUAUACAGGCACGCAAGGACUCAUAUUCGUGGUAGAUUGUGCGGACCGGGAUCGAAUAGACGAAGCGCGGCAAGAACUACAUAGGAUAAUUAAUGACCGAGAAAUGCGGGACGCCAUCAUACUGAUAUUUGCUAAUAAGCAAGACCUACCAGAAGCAAUGAAACCCCACGAAAUCCAAGAGAAGCUUGGACUGACGCGGAUACGCGAUCGCAACUGGUACGUUCAACCAUCUUGCGCGACGACCGGCGACGGCCUAUACGAGGGCCUUACGUGGCUCACGUCCAAUCAUAAGUUAUGAGAAUAAUCGGACGGUCGAAGCAGUACCGAGCAUCCGCAGCAACCGUAGCAGCAGCAGCAAACUUGUGAAUUUCUCGAUGAAAACGAUAGUCAGAUAGCAAAUACUGUAUGAGUUAUUCUCAAAACGUCACCCUCCUAGUGGUUUCUCAUCGGUAUCAAUAAUGCUGCUGUAGCAGAAAUAGUUGGCGGAGUGCUAUCGAGAGUACUAAACAUAAGUGUGAUGUUGCCAACCCUAUUUCUAUGUAUUCCUAUUAUAAGACAUGAGCUAACCACCACCUUUGUCUAAUCCUCCAGUUACCCAUCCCUUUUCUACCUAGCGUAAUGCUCUUAUCUUUAACGCUUAUGCUACUACCUACAGUUUUUGCUGCUGUUUGAUGUUUCGUUCAACUACUUCUGCUGAAGAAUUGCAACAUGAAUUGGCAUUUAUGUUGCUCUCGAUAGGCAGGAGAUGAACCGGUGUUAAACUUUGCUUUUAUGUUCUAAAAAACUGCUUUAUUACCUUGAUUAUUGUGGGUAUAAUCGAAAGCAUGUAGAGCGCUGUGGAGAAAAUAAAGUAAUGAAUAAAAGUGAGCUUGUUUAACGGAAAAUGAAGAUGUUAAAAACAUGUGACUAAUAACAGGUAUACCUGCUAGUUAAAAGUGAGACAGUUUUGUUCAUUACACUUCCACUUAGUUUACGGAUGAAUACCUGAAAGUAGUAGAAAAAAAAGCCAACUCGCUGUUCACAUCUGUUAAGAACAGAAACAAUUUCGUUUAUUUCGAAUUGUUCCGAUGUAAAAAGUAUGAUGCAGUAAUACUCUCUGAACAGUAAGAGUGUUUGGUAUGAUGAAAACCGUGACGAGGACCUAUUUGAACACAAGCAAAAAAAUUCUCUUUAACAAACAGAAAUGUCGUAAAUCUUACACAAGGGAAUCAUAUUUUACUUGUACAUAAAAAAAAUACAAAACAAUUGUAAUUGAUUACAAAACGAAACUUGGGAGAACAUUCAUUGGAUAACAUUACGAUGUGUUGAAAGUGAUUCUUAUGUCGAAUACUAGCAAACAAACAAGAGCCGUGAAAUAUUCAAGAAAACCUGUAAAUAUUAAAUAUGGCAAGUUAUACAAAAAUAAACAAUUAAAGGAAUAGAAAGGCUAGAAUAAACACGAAAAAACAUCAAACAAAUAGGGAAAAUAUCAAUGAAUUGAUGGAAACUAUCGUUUAGAUUACGAAAUCAAAUAAGCAAACAGAACUUUCCCAUACAUCCAAUGGCAGUAAUACUAAUCAAUAUCAAAGCCCGCAGCAUACUUCCCCAUAGCAUUGGCAUACAGUCAGAUUUAACAAACAUACGGCACCGAAGUGAAGACACGUGUAAGAUCACUAAAUAUGAUGCAUCUUACAGGUAAAAAAAAACAUUGUAAAAUUAAAGCUAAAAAUGCGAGUGCGAGCCAAAAAAGAAACCGUGUGAAAGUGAUAUUUGAGAUUGUGCAUUUGUGUGCGUAUGUGUGUGCGACAUGCAUCUUCAUUAGAAUAUGCGUUAUUUCGUUCGGAAAAUAGCAUUGAUAGAACACCGUAAUUUUAUUUUUACCGUCUUAUUUAUGUGAAUAUCGAUGAUUGCCUCAUUUUUAAUAAGUUUUUUUUUCUGUUUGCGGUUCGUUCGCAUAUUUGUCAUCAAUUUUGCUGAUGUAGCAAUGUUUACGUGAAUGCGGGGCCAAUCACUCGUGAUUGCUUUAGUUUUCCUCUCUCGCUUUCAUGAGUACUAUUAGUAGUUGUUUUUAUUAUUUCAAAUCCCGUAAGAGAAUGAUAGACCGACCCGAAAGGGAGGAAUUACAUUGUAAUUGAAACACUAAAAGACGCGUCCGAAUUAUCUAGUUGAGGAAGGAAGAACAUAACAGACCUAUUAUAGGAAGGAUAAAAUAAAUUGAAAGUACACGCUACAUGGACGUUGCAAGGCAGUUUCGAUGGAGAGCGAUACGGUAAAGAAUAUAUUAUUAGAAAUGUAUUUUAGCAUUUAUAGCGAGCUGAGAAAACAAGUAAAAACAGAUUCAAUAAAAACUAGAAAUCUACAUCUCAAA